AGUUGUUGGGGGGUUUUUUGCAAUGAAGGGAGAACAAAUUUAAUGGAACCUAACUGAAUUCAUGUAAAAGCAGAAGCUCUCAAAGAUACUAUCGUCUACUUAUCUCAAUAGAAAAUGAGCCCGCAGCCAAUUAAGACAAAUUGUCGCUUCCUCUCGGUCGCUGUUAUCAGAAAUACAGAUUGAAUCUUGGCUGCUAUCUUCUGAUACUGUUUCCUCAGUUCAAGUGUGCAGUUACGCAAACACCGACCUGAUAUCUGAUAUUUGAGGCAGCUAAUGCAAAAGUUUCCACUGAGGACGAUGUUCAGUCACUUUCUACACAAGAAGACUUCAGGAAACCAUGACGUACUCAGAGGGCUGACCGCUUUUCGGGGGAGUUCGACUGUCUGAGGCAGCUUACACUCAUUCUUCACCACGCAAAGAAGCUUCACUUUGGAAAGGAGCGCCUUCAUAUGUUCUUGGUGUUUUGUUAAAAAAAGACAAAGCUGAGGAUGAAACUGAUUCUGUUCUUCGUUAUCUCCUGCCUCGCCUUACAUAACGGAAAGGGAGCACCUAAGACUGCUGCGUAUAAGUUUGUGAGAUGUAACCCUGAGGGCAACCAGGCCAACUGUAGGACUCACCAAAGUCCAGAAAUGGCAUGGAGUCCAGACCUACCAGCGAAACUGCCUGCUUCAACUGCACAGUAUCUAGAGGCAGAGCCUGUGGAGGAUGAGAGUCCACUGAGGGAGGAGGAAGAGGAGGAGGAGAUGAAAGAGGAGGAAACACAGAUGAGUGAAGAGGGGGAGUCACCUGUGGUUUACCUGCAAGAGGAAGGUUCUGGAGAUGAAGGCUCAGCAGGUGAAGAUAAAUUCAUGGCGGAUCGGGCCUUCAUGACUGCUGAAAGUGAGCCAGGCUCUGGCGAGUCCUGGACAGGUUUGGGUACGAGGAGCAAGAGCCGGUUGUUCCCAAGCAGGUCUUUGGCUGGUGAAGCAAAACCAGCAGAGGAGGAGCUGAUAGAAGACCACCUUCUGCAGCUGUAGACUACUACCACAUACACAUACAUAGGCCUACACACACACACACAAGGCUAGCAUCUAUUUUAUUUCCACCUCAUCUAUUCAAAUAGUAAAACAAACAUUGCAUCACCUGGUGGUGGAAAAACUUGGUAGCUCAGAGGCAAAAGCCAAAUAUAUAUUUUGUAUUUUUAUGUAUUUUUAGUGCUAUUGAUGGGAAUUAUUUUCCUCAGGAGCAAAUGAACAACUGUAAACAAUGACAAAGUAGCUGCCAAAGUAGAAGAAGAAUGGUCUGCAUAAAUGAGACAUAUAGAAACUUCAAUUUAGUUUAAGAUGGCAGUGACCCGUAUUUGUGCUUUUUUGUGGAAAAGAUGUUGAAAGCUGGAAUGUGCUUUGAUAAUAUAAAAAAUUAAAUAUGCUUUCAAAUAAUUGUAAUACCAGUGCAAUAAGAUGAUGCCUUUGUCCACGCAUUGCUCACUCUGUGCAACUGUAGUUCCCACCAUUUUUUGUUUUGGAGCUAUGAGGCCUGUGUUCCUUUAAAACACACAAAAACAAAGACUUAUCUAUAUUAUUUGAUCCCUUUGUCUCAAAUGUUGUGACACUUUACACUCACCCAGGAGGGUUAUGGAACCUAUUCUGGGAACUUCUGGUCUGCAAGGCUGAACAAGAGAUUCUUGCAAACCCCUCAGGAAUGGAUUUUCGCAAUGUUAACCACUGUGAGCUGGAACAUAUUCAAAAUAUGUAUUGUGCACAUGCAUGCAUUUCAACAUGCUCUGCGUUGUCUAAUUUGUAUUUGAAAUUCUUCUAUCAAUAAAGGAUUUAUAACAACAGUA